AUGACAUGUGACAGGGUGCAACAGCGGAGUAAAUUAAACUUCAUUCCAGAAUCACACCAUUAUUUUGAUUACAUCUGUGGGACAAGUACAGGCGGAUUGAUUUCUGUUCUUAUUGGACGCCUGGGAAAGACACUUAAUGAAUGCAAGGCCAUCUUCGAAGAACGGGGGACAGACAUAUUCCCGGGUGGAUCAAUUAAGGAAGCGGCAAAAUUGACUCUUAAAGGCUCACGGUCUAGCAAUGAAGGACUCCAAAAGGUCAUCGAUGAACAGGUAAACGAUGAUGUGAUCAUGUACGAGUCUAAGCUAGACGAAGGACAUGUCCCGGUUGCGGUGGCAGCGAUUUCUAAAAACGACGAGAAAACAUAA